AUGGAAAAUAAAAAUAUAGAUGAUAAAUUUAUUGAGAAAAAAAGUAAUUUUAGGGAAACGGAUUCAGUCAAAGAUUAUAUAUUGAAUUGUGUAAAAAUAGCAGAGGUUGCUAUUGCUAAUAAUUGUCUACAAGAACUGGAGCAUAUUAUUUUCGAUAUUUUUGACUCUUUUAUUGUUAAACAUAAUAUAUCUGAAAAAAUUGUUUCUACUAUAUUACUUGAUAUAAAAAAACUCAAUAUUUCAUUUAAUAUGGAAGAUAUUUGUCUUGACAAUAUAUGGUUAUUUCAAAAUGAUGGGCAUUGUAGUGAGAUUUCCCCUGAUAAUAUAUUGAGUAGUUUGACUGUAUUAUUAAAGGAGCUUUUGGCUGUUGGCUUGGUAUCUAUGGAAAUUGCUAGAGAAAGAUUAGAGUCAAAUCUACUUGUUUUAGUUUCUGCUAUUCUAAGUCAUGUGAAUUUUACUAAAAAAGUUAUUCGAAUUAAUACAUCCCUUCUUUAUAAACAAACUAAAUUUAAUCUUAUUCGGGAAGAAAAUGAAGGAUAUUCAAAACUUAUAGUUGAAAUUAAUUCAUUUUUGGAAUCAGAUAUUUUGAAUAAGGAUAAAGAUAUGAUUAGUUUGGGAAUAAAACAAAUUUUUAAUAAUAUUACAUCUUUAAUUGGAUUUUUUGAUUUAGAUUCUAAUAAAGUUCUUGAUAUUUUGUUAACUAUUGCAUCUCAGAAUCUUAUUUAUCAUUGGAAGAUAUUUAUUGAGUUAUUUUCUAUUAGUUCUUGGUGGGGUUUUGCAGAAUCAUAUUAUAAUUUAAAAGAUAUAACUUCUCUUGAGAAACGAAAAAAACUUGACAAUAUUUUACAAAAGGGUAUUCAAACCUUUUUUGACGAUAUACAUUGUCAUUCUGGGAGUAAAGUGGCGUCUCAACUUUUAGGUUUUAAAUUAAAAAAUUAUAACUCUGAAAACAUACAGGAAAACCCAGAGUCUCUCUUUAUGUUGAUAGCUCUCCUAGUUAAAUAUGAGUUAGUAGAUAUUGGUGAUAUUUUACCUUAUCUUUCUUCUAAUGACAAUAUGAUUUGGACGGAAUGGAAGAAUUUUAAUAGUAAUUUGGAAGAAAAGGCAUAUAGAGCACGUGGAAAUGCUUUAAGUAUGGCUGGAGCGUUAACAGAUGAUAGUAUUUCAAAGGAUAAAGGAGAUAAAGAAAAUAGUUCUAAGAUAGAAUCUUCUGAACCAUAUUUUUCAACUUCUCAAAAUUUUUAUAAUCAAAAAGUGCUUUUUUUAAAAGCACUACUUUCUGUUGGGGCAUUACCUCAGGCAGUUUAUAUGUUCUCAGAGUUUCCUUUUUUGUCUGGACCAUAUCCGGAGUUGGCAGAUCUUCUUCAUAAGAUUGUUCAUCAUAUGAUUAGUGAUAUAUAUAAUAAAAUAUCUCCUCUGUCGGGAUUAUCUAAAAAUCUACGUCAAAGUCUUUUUCAGGAAAAAAAAAGGCCCUUAGAUAUGCGGUUUCGAGAUUCUUUAGUAUUUACACACUUUCCUCGUGUUAAAUUAACUUUAGAUCCUCUUCCAGUUCAUAUUACAAAUGAUUUAUUGAAAAAAUUUUUUUAUGAAGAUGAUGCAAUGAAUCUUAUUCCUGUUUGUGAGACCUAUGAUGAUUUUCACAAAAUAGUUAUUCCACUGCUUCGUUUUUCUAGUUUAAGAAUUUACCGUGAUAUUAAACUGUUAUGUAAAAUUUGUAGAAUAGGCAGAGCUCAAAUUAAAGAGGAAUGUUCGUCUCAGAAAGUUAAAGAAGCAUGGAAGAAUGUUUUAAGAGGAUUUUUGUUACCCGCAUUAUCAAUGAUUCAAGUAAAUCCAGGAGUAGUCAAUGAAAUUUAUGAUCUCAUCAGGUUUUAUUCGUAUUCUGAGAGAUAUGCAUUUUAUGGAGAAUGGAAUAAUGUUAUUUAUAAAAUAUAUCCUGAAUUAAAAGUUAAAGUUGUUGAAGUUGAAAAAGAAACAAAAGGAAUUUUACGGCGUAUUUCAAAAACAAAUGUUAGACAAUUUGGAAGAGUUUUGGCGAAAGUUUCUCAUUCAAAUCCUUGUAUCGUAUUUUCUGUUGCUUUAAAUCAAAUAGAAUCUUAUGAUAAUCUUGUUGAUGUUGUUGUUGAUGCUGCUCGUUAUAUUACUAUUUUCGGAUAUGAUGUUUUAACGUUUAUUUUAUUGAUAUCUUUAUCAAAUGAGAAUAAAAAAAGAUUAAAAGAUGAUGGUACCAGUAUAGCUCAUUGGCUUCAAGGUUUGGCUUCAUUUUGUGGAAGAUUGUUUAAAAGAUAUUCAAAUAUGGAUCCUAUUACAGUUAUUUUUUAUAUUGUUAAUCAACUUAAAAUAUCAAAUACUUUUGAUUUGAUAGUUUUGAAAGAAUUAAUUGCUCAAAUGGGUGGUAUUUUGCCUCCAACAAAUUUGUCAGAAUCUCAGCUUCAAAGUCUUGCUGGAGGUGAAUAUUUAAAACAAAUAGCAAUGUCCCUCAUUUAUGAUUCAAAAAUAAUUUCUUCGAAAAGUUCUUCAAGGUUGCUUAGAGCUUUAGUGGAAUCUAAUUUGGCCGGGCCUCUUUUAAUUCUUAUCGCACAGCAGAGACUUGUUUGUAUUUAUAGAUUAAAAGAUAGCAAUGCACCUUUGAAACUUUUAGCAAAUCUCUUGGAUGAGUGCCAAAAUGUUUUAGUACAGUAUGUUGAAUUUUUAACAACUAAUUUGGAUUUUUCUAAUUUUUCAAAAUUGGUUCCUACUAUUCCUGAUAUGUGUUUAAAAUAUGGGAUAGAACCCGUUGUUGCAUUUUAUAUAGCUAGGACGAAAAUAAAUGAAGAAAUAAAGAGAUAUUAUGCUAAUGAGGAUUUUAAAAAAAAUAAAGAAAGACUUAUUGAAGAGAAAGAAAAUUAUGAAAAGAAAAAUUAUGCUAAUAUAGAGAAUUCUAUUAAUCCACCACCUAAUCAGAUUGUUACAAAUAAUGAUACUAAUAUUUCAAAUAUUUCAGAAGACUUGGAAGAAGGUGAAGAAAUUGAAGAUAAUACUAAAAUUUUAUUACAAAGCAGACAUAAUGAAAAUUUGAAUAUUAGUAAUAAAUCAUUAUCAAAUUCUGUAUUGGUGUCUCUUGCGGAAUCAAUUACUGAAAUUCUUCCAAAGACAACAUGGUGUUAUAUAAGUCCAUGGUUUUAUGUUACAUUUUGGCAGCUUCAACUUUAUGAUAUUUAUGUACCCAUAAAUCAAUAUGAAAUAGAAAUGAACAAAAUGAAAACAGUUAUACAUAAUAUUGAUCAGGAUCGUUCUGAUGUUAAUGGUUCUUUGAAAAAAAAAAAAGAAAAGGAUUUGAUUGUCCAAAAAAUAGAAAAAUGCCAGGCGGAGCUCAGUUUCCAGAUGUCUUCUUAUGAAAACACACGGAAAAGAAUAUUUUUAGAGAAAGAUACAUGGUUUCCUUUUGCUUCUGUAUCAAUAGAAUCAAAUGGUCCAGGAUCUCUAGGGUCUCAUAGAAGGAUAGAGGUUUCUAAUCAUUUGAUACAAUAUUGUUUCCUACCUAGGUGUCUCUUUAGUCCUAAUGAUUCUAUUUAUUGUGCAAAAUUUAUACGUUUAAUACAUUCUUUUGGAACUCCUAAUUUUUCUACUCUUACCUUGUAUGAUAGGCUUUUUGGUGACUAUUUACCUUCAUUGCUAUUUAUUUGUACUCAACAAGAGGCUGAAAAUUUUGGCAGGUUCUUAGAAGAAAUAUUAACUGAUUUGUCUAUUUGGUAUAAAGAUGAAAUAGUUUAUAAUAAAGAAGCAAAAGGUAUAAAGAAUUUACCUGGAUUUCAAAAACGUUGGUCUUUUAGUUUUCGCGAUAAACCUCAAGAACAUAUUAAUGAUGAAGAUAUGCUUCAAUAUGAAGAAUUUAAACGUUUAAUGUAUAAAUGGCACAGGAAAUUAAAUCAGGUAUUUAAAAUAUGUCUGGAUUCGCAAGAAUACAUGCACAUUCGUAAUGCUAUUAUAGUUUUGGAAAAAAUUUCUCAAUGUUUUCCUGUUGUAGCAUGGAUGGGACGAGCACUUAAAGAUAAAGUUUCUUUUAUUAUAGAGCAAGAAAAAAGGGAAGAUUUAAAAGUUCGUGCUCUUGGAUAUCGUGCAAAAUUAAUUAAAGGAGAGUCUAAAUGGAUGUCAAUAAAUCAAUUUCAGAAAAUCGAUAAUUUUUCAGGACAAAAUAAUUUAUUUAAUGAUUCUUGGACUCAAGUAUCUACUUCAUCUACAUCAUUAACGACACCCUCAGAAAAUAAUUAUCUAAUAAAUUCUGAUUCUUUUGCCAAAUACAAUCAAAAUUCUAAAAAGAGUGUUGAUAAUAAUUUCAAGGAUUUUGAUUCUAAAAAUUCUGUUUUAUCUGAUAAAUCCUCUGAUAAAUCUAAACAAUAUAAUCGAUUAUAUGAGGAUCAGGAUUUAAUAAUGAAUGUUAAAAGUAAUAAUGAAAUCAAAGGUGACUCUGUUAUUAAUGCUUCUGUGAACAAGCUCCGAAUAGAAAGUAUUAUAGACUCGGGCUACAUAAAUAAUGGUAGUUUGAAAAAAGAUGAUUUUGAUACUAAAAUUUCAAAUAUAUCUCAGUUCAAUAGAGAUGAACAAAUAAAAAAAAAUAUAUCUAUAGAUAAAACCGAAAAUGUUGAGGUGCAUCAAAUUGAUGAUAAAAUGUUACUUAAUUAUAAUGUAUCGGCACAGUCGAAAACUUUGAAUUCUAAUCUGAAAAUACAUGAAAUAUUGAAUAAUGAUGAUUCUAAUUUUGAUUCUGAAGAUUUAUCUGUUAAGAAUAGUUUUGAAACGAAAAAAAUAAAAGCAAUAGAACCUAUCGAAUGGCUACAUUCCGAUGAUAAAAUUUCAGAGUAUAAAGACAUACGAAAUAAUGUUACUCCGGACUUUCAAAAGCAUAGUAUUUUAGAAAAAGAUUUGUCUUCGAUUACAGAGACUUCUCUUAAAAAAAUUGAGAAAACAGAUAUAGAAGAAAAGCUUUCUCUUUCUUCAGAAAAUUUAAUUCAAAGAAUAAUUGCUAAUGAUGCUGAAUCAACGAAUUUAUCUAUGACUAAGACAGAACAUGCAACAAGAACUUAUAGAAAAGUUCCUACUGAAUCAACAGAUUCAGUAAUUUAUCAAAAUAAGAUAAAAGCGUCGCAAGAUAAAAUCGAUUCUUUGACUGUUCAUUCAAGACGUAGACAAGUAAUGAUUACUAAUGAACUAAAAGAACAAUCUCAGUCUAAUAAUUCUUUAUUGUUUUCUAAAUUUAAGGAUAUACCUAAGGGUCCUUCUUUGAGUAGAGAUAAAUUUUCUGAUAGUAAAACCUUUUCUUCUAGAGAAAUUUUACAUGAUGAAACUUCUGAUCCUUUUAAUCGAAAAAUAUCUCCUAUAAAAACCUCUGAAAUGGGAAAGUCUCGUGACGUUUCUGAACAAAGGAAAAGUUAUGAUUAUGAACCUUCCUCCAUGAGACGUUCUAGAAUGCGUUUUGAUAUGGAAAAGCCUUUUAUAAAGCGUAAUGUUGAUGAAUCUUUUCGAACAUAUUCUUCAGGAUUAGAAUCGGAUUCUAGACGCGAGUCUUUUUUAAAGGAAUCAUUAAAAGAGACAAAUUUGAAAUCUAAUAGAGAAGAUAGAAGAAUAGUUACUCUAAUUAAUAAGGAUGUAUAUAACAGGGAAAAAGAUUAUGUACACGAAGUUGGAAAUUCUGGCUAUAAUCGUGAAAAGAUAAGGGAUAAUGAUAAUUUUAAUGAAAGGAAUAGAUUUUUUACUAAUAAAGAUGUUAAUUUUAUGGAACGAAAUAUAGGAAAGACGCGGUCUUUGAGAGAAAGUAAAGAUAAUUUUGAAUAUAGAGAACAUACCCGAGAAUCUGCAAUGUUUCGUAAACAUUCAAGAGUUUCUUCUAUUCGUCAGAUAGGGAAUAGAGAACUGAAUGAUACAUUUAAGCGUAGAAGAACUGAAUCCUGA